AUGCCGGCCAACCACCGCCAGCCGGCAGCUCAGGCGCCAGCGUCACCCAAUACAAAGUCCACCGCGAGAUACACAAACAAGGAUGGCUCCAAGAUUAUCACCGUCCCGAAAGGCCCCCCCUCCGCCGAACCCUCUCAACCCUCCACCCCGACCUCGUCGGCAAAGGCGCCCAGCGUUCAGACCCUCGACACCAACGGUGCUGACCCCUCAGCCCCUACUGUGAAUCGCAAGAAGCAGAAGCGUCGGGCAAAGGCUGCUGCCAAAGCUGCUGCCGAGCAGGCCGCCGUACAACCGCCAAACGGACGACGCCCGAGUCCUGCUCCUGGCGCGCCCGCGUCCAAACCUCAGGUUGCCCAAGAUGACGAGGAUCAGGAGUCCAGCGACGACGAGCCCGAAGACCAUCACUCUACCGACGACCGGCCACAUGCUAACGGCUUCUCCGCGACCAAAUCCAAAAAGUCCAAAAAGAAGAAGAAGAAGAACGGAAAGAACCCGCAGCUGGCCAACAAUCAGUAUGACAGCGUUCCGUUUCCUCAUUCUCACUCCCACUCGCCAUUGACGCCCCGUGGCCCUGGUAUCUCUAAGGAUAAGAUCUGGAACACCAGCUCGCAGGAGGAGCGGGAACGCAUCAAAGAGUUCUGGCUAGGUCUCGGCGAAGAUGAGCGCAAGUCACUAGUCAAGGUCGAGAAGGACGCCGUCCUGAAAAAGAUGAAGGAGCAGCAAAAGCAUACAUGCAGCUGUACUGUUUGCGGCAGGAAGCGCACCGCUAUUGAGGAGGAACUCGAAGGCCUGUACGACGCUUACUAUGAGGAGCUCGAGACCUUUGCGAACAACGGUGAAGGGCCGCAUAUUCUGCCCCCUCACCGCGAAUUCCCCUUGCGACCUUCACGCAUUCCGUCAUCCUACACAGGCCAACCGCCGUCACGUGGCCGUAUAGUGGAACAUGUGGGCGACGAUGACGACGAGGACGAGCCAGAGGAGGAGUACAGCGACGAGGACGAGGAUCUUGAGGAGGAGGAGGAAGAAGAGGAAGACGAAGAAGACGACGAGUACAGCGACGAAGACGAACCCCCCGAAGAUACUCACCCUCACGAUCGAGACGUUGCCGACUUCUUGACGUUUGGGAACAGCCUGCAAGUCAAGGGUAUGCAGCUUCUGGACUCCCUACUCUGCAGAUAUGGUAACAUGGACUUAGGCGGCAUACUCACCGUUGCGGAUGACCUCCUCAAAAACGACGGCAAGCGUUUCAUCGAAAUGAUGGAGCAGCUCGCCGAGCGCCGCAUGGCCCGAGAAGAGGACGCCAAGGAGCACUUUUCUCGCGGCUACGCUCAUCCCGCCAACGGCUCUUACUCGAAUCAUAACCAUCCUCCUCCCGAAGACGACUAUGACGACGAAGACGAGGAGGAGGAUGAGGACUAUGAUGACAGUCAAGAAGAGGAAUACGAGGAUGAAGAAGACACGAUGACCGAGGAACAGCGCAUGGAAGAGGGUCGUCGCAUGUUCCAAAUAUUCGCCGCUCGAAUGUUUGAGCAACGGGUCCUGACAGCCUAUCGAGACAUGGUCGCCAAGCAACGCCAGCAACAGCUCAUCGAGGAGCUCGAGGAGGAAAACCGGCAAAACGCUCAGAAGAAGGCUAAGAAAGCCAAGGAGAACCAGAAGCGCAAGGACAAGGCCGCGCUAAAGAAGCAGCAACAGGCCGAGGAGAAGGCGCGGAAGGAGGCUGAGAAGGCCGCAGAGGAGGCCGCUCGACUCGAGGAGCAGCGGCGGAAGGCAGAAGAGCAGAGAUCGAGAGCGGAGGAGAAACGUCGAAAGAAGGAAGAGCAGAAGCGACUCGAAGAAGAAGAACGCCUUCGCAAAGAGACCGAUCGGCAACGUCGACUCCAGGAACAGCAAGAGAAGCGCGCGGAGCAAGAACGCAAAGCGCGCGAAUCUCGCGAGAAGACCCAGAAGCUCAAGGAAGAAGCACGAUUGCGCGAAAAGGAAACCCGAGACCAGAAGGACAAGGAGCUCCGUGAGCGCAAAGAGAAGCAGGAACAGGCCAAGCGCGACAAGGAGGCCAAGGCCAAGGCUGAGAAGGAAAGCAAGGAUCGCAUCAAGCAGGAGGAAAAGGCUGUCCAAAAAGCUGCCACGGUUGCUGCUGCUCCUAUUCCUAUUCCCACAUCAGGCCGGCGACUAUCGCAACACCCAGUACCGAUCCCGACACAUCCGUCCAACCCAGCAUCCUAUGCGUCCCCCAAGAUACCCGUUGCAACGCCGGCUCUUCCCCAAGCUCCGACACCAAUCCGUCCCAAGCAUGCCUCUCAGCCCCUGGACACCAGCCUGCCUGAAUCCCAAGCCUCGCGGUCAGGCUCUAUUGCCAGCCAGAACCCAUCGCCACACCCUGCGACACCUGGCCACAUGAGUCCUGGGCCGAUCGGUUCAAGGAAGACUAGCGUAGCGACCGUAAACUCGCUACCCCAUCCUGAUUCCAUAUCACCUUCAAACAUGAAAGGUCCGAUGCAGCCUGGCCCUUUUGGUAUGCCUAUGAGCAUGCCUCCACCCGGCUUCAAUCCGCCGCCAGGCCUGGGAAAUCGCCUGCCCGACCCAAAUAUAUUUGGUCCGCCUGGUAUUGCCGGGUUCGGCAGACCUCCUCCCCCUCUAGGCAUGAUGGCCGGCCCGCCAGGUCUUAAUGGGCCAGCUGGGCGUGGCUUCAUGCCCGGCCCACCUCCUGGAUUCUCACAGCCCAUGGGUGACCAUAUGCAAAAUAUGGCACCAGGACCUGGAUCACAUUCGAGACAACAUUCCGGCAGCUUCGACCCAGCUUCCUCGCCAAUUCCAACGCAACCCAUCGGCAGGCCAGCACCCAUUGGACGACCAGGUAGUGUGGUUCAGGGACAUCGAAAUGAGCCAUCAGAGGACUUCACAAACCAACAGCAUCUUGGCAGUAGCGUCCUGGUAGAUGAUGCAUCGGACCCGAUGAGCGCGGCAAUCAAUGCGGCUAGGCACCGUAACCAGGUGCAGCGGUCAGCCUUUCCACUGCCAUUCGACAAUAGUUUCUCUAGCAUCAACAAUAGCUUAUGGGGUCCCUCACCAAUGUCAUACGCCGUGGCCCCCGGAGUGGGCAACUCGACCUGGGGAAGCCCUACUAUGAUGCCCCCUAUCCCUUCGCUGGGCCCGAUCCGUACGGCUGGAAAUCCUCGUUCGGUGACGAUUCGGCUCAUGCUGUGUCGCGCCUGCAAGGAACUGCAAGCCCGCAACCCCGAGAGCUCAGAGUCCUUUGUUGAUCUAGCAGCUGUGAAGGCAGAGGUUGACCAGCUCAGUAGGACUGAGUCUAUCCCUGAAGAUGAUCUGUUGGCUCUCGCCGAAACGGAAGGCAACCUGCAGAAUGGCGGAGGCACCUUUGAGGUCCAAUGGGACGCAAACGGCCCAGGGCAGCACUCAAUGCGAUGGGUGCCCGAGUUCAAUGACAUGGCGUAUCCUGCCCACAGGCCCGUAGGUGCACCUGGCGAGAUCGGAAGCCCCAUCAUCGGCAGCGGCGCACCUGCGUUCUUGGCUAGAGGACACUAG